GCCAGGUGUCUUGCUGUGGGAGAACCUCACCUAAACUAGAUCUUUUCUGGGCUCUUCUUUUAAACAGAAAACAGCAACUUCAGCCAGUAAAGCUGGGAGUUUUCAGAGGAGGAGCUGAGAAAGGAGUUUGAGGACAUGCCAAGUGCCUCCGUAGGGGGAGGAGUUGGAUGCUAAGACCAUCUCUGCCUCAGGAGGACUGAGCCUGCAGAACCUGGCUCCCUCUGGCUCAUGCAGGAGAAAAGGGUGAGCUCCCAGAUCAGCAGCUACCCACCACUGAAGAACUGAAAGCCAUGGUCCUCAGCAAGGGGAGGCUGUAACCAGGACACGCACAAGACUUUCCCACCGGAGCUCCCUCUGCUGCAAAAUAAUACAUGGGAAGGAGCUGGCCAUGGAGAAGCUGUACUUUGCAGGGAAUGACCUUUGGACUAUCAAUGGUUCGCUAGAAAACACCAGCCUGAGCCUGGAGAACCUGACUUAUGGGAAGAACAGCACGACUGACCCCCUGAAGAGAAAUGAGGACAUGGCCAAGGUAGAGGUGGCAGUGCUCUGUCUCAUCUUCUUCCUCGCCCUGACUGGCAACCUGUGUGUGCUGCUGGCCAUCCACACGACCCGGCACAAGCACUCCCGCAUGUACUACUUCAUGAAGCACCUGAGCAUCGCUGACCUGGUGGUGGCCAUCUUCCAGGUGCUGCCCCAGCUCAUCUGGGACAUUACCUUCAGGUUUUAUGGGCCAGACUUCCUCUGCCGCCUGGUCAAGUACCUGCAAGUAGUGGGAAUGUUUGCUUCCACUUACAUGCUCUUGUUGAUGUCCCUGGACCGGUGCCUGGCCAUCUGUCAGCCCUUGAGGUCAUUGCACAGGCGGUCUGACCGGCUGUCUGUCCUCCUCACCUGGCUUCUCUGCCUGCUGGUCAGCAUCCCCCAGAUCCACAUAUUUUCCCUCCGGGAUGUGGGCAAUGGGGUGUAUGACUGCUGGGCAGAUUUCAUCCAGCCCUGGGGACUCAAAGCCUACAUUACUUGGAUAACCUUGACAGUCUAUAUCAUCCCUGUGCUGAUGUUGAGUGUCUGCUAUGGUUUGAUCAGCUUCAAAAUCUGGCAGAACGUGAAACUAAAGACAGCCCAUGAGACCAACAUGAGUUUGACCACCAACUCCAGUGGGGCAGCACUGUCCAGGGUCAGCAGCAUCAAGCUCAUCUCUAAAGCCAAGAUACGGACAGUCAAAAUGACCUUCAUCAUAGUUUUAGCUUUCAUAGUGUGCUGGACUCCAUUUUUCUUUGUGCAGAUGUGGUCAGUAUGGGACAAGAAUGCUCCACAAGAAGCUUCCCCAUUUAUCAUUGCCAUGCUCCUAGCAAGUUUAAACAGCUGUUGCAAUCCCUGGAUCUACAUGCUUUACACAGGCCAUCUCUUCCAUGACCUUAUGCAACGGUUCCUCUGCUGUUCUACCCGUUACUUAAAAUCCCGGCAAAGAUGUGACCUUAGCGGCAGCAAGAAAAGCAACUCCUCCUCGUUUGUCCUGAGUCGUAAGAGCUCCAGUCAGAGGAGCUUCACGCAACCUUCUAUGGCAUAAAGACUCAUCCAGGACAGUUUAGACUUCAAUACCACUUUGCUCUGUCUUCAGCAUCUAUUUGUACAAAGGCUGAUUCAGAAUGUAUGGCGGUUCUUAUGUGUGUACAUAUAUGUAUGUGCGUGUGUGCGAUUGUAUGCGUGUGUUGAAUUUUUUAUUUAUCUGAGGCAGGAAGAAGAAAAGAACUUCUGUAGUCAAAAGUCUGGUAUGGAAUAGGUACUUUAAUUGGGUUUAAUUCAGUGGACAAGAUCCUGAAGCCUUUAGUCACUGAAAUCAAUGGGGUUUUUACAUAAUGACUAAGUAUCAACUGUGACAUCUUACUUACCUGACUAGGCUUACUGAAGUUGAUGAAUCAAAGUUAUUACUCCCAAGUUUAAGGGGAUAUUACUGAGUUGCAGCAGAGCUGAU